CCGGUUCGCCUUUCUCUUGUUUGCUUCUGAAAUUUGGGAAUGGCGCUUUUUUCCCUUCACGAACAGCUGGAUUUGCUGUUUUGUGAUUGAGGGGGCGGGGAACGGAGCUCCUCUCUCCUGAGCUCAUUAUGAAAAGUGAAAGGAUGUCUGUCAACUUUCCUGAAAGAAACAAGAGUCCCACGCUCCAUGCAAUGAAAUGCCUCCAGUGAAUGGCAUUACAGGUUGACUGAAUAAACGGAAGGAUCCAGAAGCCAAUCCGCAAUUUAAAGCAGGUCAACAGCAGUUCCUCAGAGGAAGAAACCACAAUGUCUACUGGAACUGAAGCCAGGGACACAGAAAGAGCCAUAUCCAAAGACAGUAAUAACUCACACGCACGUCCAGUGGAAAACACCGGAAGAGAGACUGCCUGUCAACUCUUUCUGGAUGUUGUGAAACUGGUGUAUUGUGAUGUCUCCACAUGCAAGGGCCCAGAGUUACCGUGAAUACUGGAUUUUGUUCAGUCAGACAUGGUCUGGCCUUCAUCUUCCUGCUCUGUAAUUUUUCAAUUUCUACCCAACAAUUGAACAUGAACAUUGCUAUCUUAGCUAUGGUGAACCACACCGCCCCCACCAGCCACACUAAUGCUUCCACAGAAAGCUCCCCUGCUGACUCCCAGGACUAUGAGAAUGGAAUUCUAAAUGGAUUUAAGGCAGUGGCCCCUGUGUAUGACUGGAGUUCCGAAAUCCAGGGAAUUAUCCUCAGCUCCUUCAACUACGGCUCCUUGUUGACUCCACUACUCGUCGGCUAUGUGGCUGGGAUAUUUGGAGUCAAGCAUGUGGUUGACGCUGGCUUGUUCAUUUGCUCAGCCCUGAAUCUCUUUAUUCCACUGGCAGCUGAUACAGGAGUGACAUUGCUCAUUGUCAUUCGGAUAGUCCAAGGCAUAGCCCAGAUUAUGGUACUAACAGGUCAAUAUUCAAUUUGGACCAAAUGGGCUCCCUCACUAGAAAGGAGUCAACUUAUCACCAUUGCUUUAUCAGGGGUAAUGCUGGGAAACUUCAUCAUCUUUGCUCUUGGUGGUCUCCUCUGCCAGACCAUUGGGUGGCCUUACAUCUUCUACAUUUUUGGUGGAAUUGGCUGUGUCUGCUGUGCUCUAUGUUUCCUUCUGGUUUAUGAUGAUCCCCUUCAUCAUCCGUUCAUCAGCACUGGUGAGAAGAUGUACAUCCAACGUGCAUUAGCGAAGAGGUCUCUUCCCAUUAAGGCUAUGAUCAAAUCCCUACCACUUUGGGCCAUUUUAGUCUCUGCUUUCUGCCAAUCCUGGGCUUAUCUUACCAUGGCGACUCACACACCAAUAUAUAUCCGUUCUGUACUUCAUGUUAACAUCAGAGAUAGUGGGAUCCUGUCUUCCGUGCCAUCUGUGUUUGCCUUCGUCUUUAUGAUCAUUGGAGGGCUACUGGCAGAUUUCCUUCUUUCCAGAAAAUGUCUUAGACUCAUCAGUGUAAGAAAACUCUUCACUGCCAUAGGAACUGCCAUACCAUCGAUGUUCUUGGUGUCCCUGUACUGGGUCCGGUCCAGUGCUAGUACUUCUGUGGUCAUCGUGGUGCGGUUUUAUAUCUUCAGGAGCAUUUCCUUCUCAGGAAUCUAUGUUAAUAUCUUGGAUAUUGCUCCUCGAUACUCAAGCUUUCUUAAGGGGGUAUUACAAGUCAUUAUGUCCACAGCUGGAGCAAUCUCUCCCACCAUUACUGGAUUUGUGAUCAGCCAGGAUUCAGACUUAGGUUGGAGAAAUAUAUUCUUGAUUUCGGCUGCUCUUAAUAUCCUGGGUCUGAUGAUCUAUCUCAUCUUUGGCGAAGCAGACGUUCAGGACUGGGCUAAAGAGCAGACAACCACCCACUUAUGAGCAACCCCAGUGCUUCAUUCGGUUCAGAUGAUCCCUGGUUGCUUGUUUCCCCUCCAGAAUGUUCUCUGGGUGCUUGCCAGAUUGCACGAAGAAUUUUAACUGACUACACAUCUCAGAGCAUUGCGUUGUGAAAAUACUGUUGUAAUGGUGAAAAUUCUGACUUUUGACUUUAUGGGGAAAUAAAACACUAGCUAUUUAACUC